AUGACCGAUUGUGGUAGUACGCAGAGCAGUUGGACCCACUUCUCCGCCAAGCAUUACCGGGGUGCCGCAACUGAGCUCAUCGCGAACGACACACCAAUACUCAUAUCCACCAACCCCCGGAAUAGCGCCACAACUAUGCUUCCCAGGCGCAUUGUAGCGGCCCGCCCGCUGGCUCGAGCCAUUGUCCCCGCCGUAGCACGCCCACGACCCCAAUUCACCCAGAUCCGAACCGCCCUUACCGAUGCCGAGAAGAGCGCCGUCGAGCUUGCUGACCCAAACCAAAAUGGCGGCUACAUCAACCCUCCUGCUGAGAAGCGAGGAAACCGCGACCCAUACGGUGAUUACUGGGACAAGCAAGAGCGCCGCAACUAUGGCGAGCCUUGCCACGAGGACAACGAUAUCCUCGGCGUACUAGCCCUGCACGACUACAACCACUUCAGUCCCCAAUGGGGUUUCGUCCUGAUGGGCACAUUCAUCGCUACCGUCUUUGGACUUUGCGCAGCUGUUGGCACCGUGUACCCCGACAAGCUCAGUGCUCCCAAGACAUACCCAGACGGUCUGGAGGCUGAGCUGGGUGGAAAGGGCGCAUUGCUGGCAAGGAAGCCCGGUGAGGGCUGGUAA